UUUUUCUUUUCGUAUAUUAACACACAUUUGACAUAUCCUGUUAUUUUCAACAACUUAAUAUAUGCGAACUCACUAUUUAUUUGCUCUUUUAAUUCCUUUGUCAAAACCAAAACCCCCACCAUAAUCAUGCAAGAACAGAAAUUGGAUAUCAACACCUCCCCCUCCCCCUCCGCUGACAGUGGGCGCGUUAAGAGCUUCCCGGCUGAAAAUAUAAGGCUGAGAGAUAAGAAAGUGAGAGACCUCAUGAUGGAUAAGAGAAGACUAGUGGAGGUACCCUACACAGCCUCCCUGGCCCACACAAUAAACACUCUGGUGGCUAACCGGGUGGUGGCGGUUCCGGUGGCUGCACCGCCAGGGCACUGGAUUGGUGCUGGUGGGUCCAUGAUUAUGGAGUCUGAUAAGCAGACUGGAGUUGUAAGGAAGCACUAUAUAGGGAUGGUUACUAUGCUUGAUAUAUUGGCACAUAUUGCAGGUGACGAUCAAAUGAACGGUGGUGAUGGUGAUGCUUCUGAUCUUGAUAAGAAGAUGUCAGCCCCAGUUUCUUCCAUCAUAGGGCAUUGCUUGGAGGGGCUUAGUUUGUGGACUCUAAAUCCGAACACAAGCAUCCUGGAUUGUAUGGAAGUAUUCAGCAAAGGAAUCCACCGUGCAUUAGUACCACUCGACAGUCACAUGGACAACAUCUCAGGCGUGGAGCUGGUAGAAUCGGCCUCGACUUAUCGAAUGCUUACACAAAUGGACUUACUAAAAUUCUUGAAGGAAAAUGCUUCUGAUCUACAAACCAUAAUAUCACGUAAUGUGGAGGAAAUAGGAGCAAUAAACGAAAAUGUUUUCGGUAUAACUAGUCGAACAAAUGUGAUUGAUGCCAUCAAAUGCAUGAGAGCUGCAAUGCUGAAUGCUGUUCCAAUAGUUAUUGCAUCCAAUUUCCUUGAAGAAGAUUGCAGGCAGCUUAUAGAUGGUAAAGGCAAGAAGCUUAUAGGAACAUUUUCAGCGACAGAUCUGAGGGGGUGCCAUUUAGCUGCCUUACAAACAUGGUUGCCUUUAAGCGCUUUAGAAUUCACCGAGCAUAUUUCAGCUUCCCCAGUAUAUGCAUCUCCUAAUGCGUCAAACGUUUUGCCAAGGGAACUUGUGACUUGCUAUCCUGAAUCGCCUCUCGAGGAAGUCAUCGACAAGGUUAUUACGAAACAUGUGCAUCGAGUUUGGGUUGUGGAUGAACAAGGUGUUCUUGUUGGACUUGUUGCUCUAACAGACAUUAUCAGAGUAAUAAGGGCUUCAUUGUUGUCGGGUUUAUAGUAACAUUUGGGUGUUUUAAUGUUUGUGUUGUGUGUUUUCAUCUUUUAUUUCUGCACCAAACUUAUUUUAAUGUGUAUUUAAUUAAACUAUUAAACUUUAAUUGCAUGUUUGCUCUUCCAUCAA